AUGGGUGGACAUCGACGCGACCAAAGUGAUUCUCACGUACCUCUUCGGCAAUCUAUCGAAUUUCAACAAUGUAUUUCAAGUAAUAGUCAAGAUCAGAUUCGGUUUCCUACAGAAAUAUCGUUAAACAUCGCCGAGCCAGUGCCUAAUGGAACAAUCAAUUCUAUAACCUCAAUUGAUUUGCCGGUUUAUCACAAUGAUUCCACUGUUCAUCGACAACCAACAGUUAGUGAUUUCUGA